CAUUUUCCAAAAAAUAAAAUUUAGUAAAGAAGAAAAAAAACACUCAAUGUUUGGUGGAAGCAAUGAAAAACUCGGUCCAUUUACCCAGCGUUUGAUGCUUCCGCAGCACCCCCUUCACCUCCUUCCCGGCGCCGGUGGUUCUUCCGGCAGCGGUUUAGGCGGAGACGAUGAGUUUCCUAAGCGGGACGAGCGUGUUCCGCCGUGGAGUACUCAAGAGACUAGGGAUUUUAUAGCAAUUCGAGGUGAGCUUGAGAUGGAGUUCUCUUCGGCGAAGCGGAGUAAUUUGAAGAGUCUAUGGGAGAUUGUAGCUGCUAGAAUUAAUGAGAGAGGGUACAGGAGAAGUGCUGAACAAUGUAAAAGCAAGUGGAAGACUUUGAUUAAUCGUUACAAGGGUAAGGAAACAUCUGAUCCAGAUAAUGGCGGACAAUUUCCAUAUUUUGAUGAGCUUCAUGCACUCUUUUCAUCAAAUAUGAAUAAUGUACAUCGAGUACCGAUCGAAUCUGAGGCUGGUUCCCAACAGGCAAGGAAGAGGCCUCGCGGAACAAGUAGAGACAGAUCUUCAGAGGAAAUCUCGGAAGAUGAAGAAGGUUAUGCUUGCGAGAGUGAUGAAGUAAAAUUAGGCAGAAGCAAUGUUGCUCCCAAAAAGAAACCCGAAAAAGAAAAGCGUCCAAGAACAAGCAAUGCAGAAAAAGCUUCAAGACAAGCCAGCUUUGGGAGUAGCAUUAACAACAACACUGGUAGAGCUGUUGAUAAUAUUCAAGAAAUGCUUAAAGAAUUCUUUCAGCAUCAGCUGAGGAUUGAAAUGCAAUGGAGGGAGACAACAGAGAAGCGUGCUCGUGAAAGAGAAGCAUUCGAGCAGGAAUGGCGAUCAUCAAUGGAGAAGCUUGAAAGAGAUAGGAUGAUGAUUGAACAGUCUUGGAGGGAGAGGGAGGAGCAAAGGAGAACGAGAGAGGAGACCCGAGCUGAAAAGAGGGAUGCCCUGUUGACAACACUUCUGAACAAACUCAUCGGUGAAAAUCAUCCGUGAGAUGAUUCGUCGUGUACUCUGUUUGUUGUUGGUUCAAAAAUAUUUUGGGAAAAUUAUUAGUUUUUGCUUACAUAGAAAUAGGAAAUUUCCAAUUUGUAGAAUGUCACAGCUAGAUAGAUAUAUGCAUGCUUGAUGAUACAUAGUAGUUCAUGUUCUCAUUGAGCUUUGGAGUGAAUUUGUUUGUAAUUUAAUCAAAUUUAAUGGUGUAUUGUAAAGCAUCCAUAGUGUUGGCUUCAUUGUUAUUAUUUUUUAUUGA